AUGGAUGUUCAAAAAAUCGACUUAUUAAAAAUUAUUUCAGAGACGCCAGCUAAUGAAACAAUACGAGUAGGUCCAGGGCUUGUUGAAUUACCAGAUAAAACUGAAUUUAUCAAAUCAAUUCAAAUAAUUUUCGAAGAAAAUACAAAAGUUGUAUGUAAUUGCCUUCAAAUAAUAGGAUGCACAAUCACGUUUACCAAUAUGAAUUACGAUGGCUAUAUAAAAGCAUUCCAAAGUAUCAUUGAAUUCAAUAAUUGUAAAUUUACUAACGAAAUAACUAAAGUAGAAUAUAUUAUCGAUGCAGAUUUACAAUCUUUACUUACUUGCAGCAAGUGUACAUUUGAAAAUAUCUCAAAAUAUACACUUUUGACCCAAAAUUUAUCAAGUAUUAAUUGUGUUGAUACAGUUUUCAAAAAUUGCAAGCUCUCUGUUAUCCACAAUAACUUUAAAGCAGAAUUUGUUCGCUGUAACUUCUUAAGUACCCAAGAAUCUUUUAUAUUCAAUCAUGAAAGCUCUUUAUGCGUAAUUGACGAUUGUAUAUUCGACACAUCUACUCUUGCAUCGAUUCUUAAUAUAGGAACGAUGACAGUUCAAAAAACUACAUUUAGAAAUUCGAAUGAUACUCAAAUUUCAUGUUUUAACGAUUCAGAGUUGUUUGUUCGCGAUUGUAUAUACGAAUCAUCAAAGCAAACUUCAUUAUUUAUUAAUGAUUCAAAUUUAGAAGUUCAUAAUUGUCAAUUUAGGAACAUUGACGGUAACUGCAUCAAUAUUAUACAUUGUGAUGGCACAAUCAGUGAUUGUACGUUCGAAAAUUCCACUUAUCCCCAUAUUUCCAUGGCAAUUGUCUCAAACAUGGAAAUUUCCAACUGCAGCUUCGUUAAUAGUCCAAGUAGUUGCGUGAUGUGUCGUGGGGGAUCAACUUUGGUCAUUAAAAACUGCUCUUUUGACGGUACAGAAAGAUUUGGACUUGCAACGUGCGAUGGGAAGAUAGAAGAGUGCACAAACUGUAUAUUUAAGAGGUGCAAGCAUGCAUGUGUUGCUUCUUUCGAUAAUGGAAUGUUUAAUAUUUCGGAUUCUAAAAUUAUUGGACCAACCGAAGUCGGAAUUGAAGUAUUUUGUGGUGGAAAUUUGAUUGGAUCGAAUCUUGAUAUCGGAAAAGCUGAAAUUGCAUCAAUUCGGACAAGGUUUGGAGGAUCAAUUAAUUUGACUGAUUCAUCUUUAGAAAAAGAUAGUAAAGUUAUACUACAAGGCAGGAAUUUCAUGAUAAACAAUGUUAAAAACACAGAUGACAUCAGAAUCGAAAAUCUAGAAAAAGAUCCAGUUCCUCGUUGUUUCAAAUGCGGAAAGGACUGUUCACAGAACUUGUUUGACUCUUGUGGCCAUGCCUGUUUCUGCAGGGAAUGCUGUCCUCCGAAGGGAGAGUGUCCUCUCUGUCACCUCGACUACGAAACAGCAAUUAUCCCUCAUCCGAUGUCCACAGACAAACUGUGCGGAAUCUGCAUGGAAGAAGAAGCUGACUCAAUACUGAUACCUUGCGGACACUUGAUUUGUAAGAAAUGCUUCUUGGAAUGGUACAAACAGGACUCUGGAUGUCCUUACUGCAGACACAAAUUUGUUAACUGCCGAUCUUUGGUUCCUUAUGCUUAA